UUAUUUAUUUAUUUUUAUUCUUUUCUGAUUUUUUUUUUUUUUCAAUUGCGGUUUCUCGUUUUAAUUUCCAUAUCCACAUGCUGUUGAUGAACAGGGGUGCGAUCCAUCAGAUGCAGCGUCCUUCACAUCCCAAAAUCUCCGGACCCUCCUGCAAACGUUUGCUCGAUGGACUGACUGGUCGGUGGUCACUCAUGUUUACAGUACACAAAAUGGAAAUACACUAUGCCUAAUAUCAUCAUGUCGUGUAGAGAUCAUCCUCCAGACACGUCAGAGCAGAGAAGUUUCCUCCUCUUGUGAUUAAGGUGCAGUUGAGGGAAACAGAUGGUUGUGUUGACAGUGAUGGAGAGAGUCAACAGAGGAGUGGAGGUCUGCAGCCAGACUUCUAUUGCUUCUCCUCCACCAAAGUGUAGUGGGGGAACAGCUGCCUGUACAGAGACGUCCACACACGUAAAUAUACUGUAACGAACCAGUUACAAAAACACGUUUUCUUGAUCAAAUAAUCAACAUUUCUUUCGUUAGUCAUUGCUGUUUUUAAGGUUUUAUAAAUUUCUGACUCGAAAAAUAUUUUUAUUUGAAUUCUAGUGCGCAGACAAUAUUGCUAUUAUUAAUAAUACCGAUCCCAAUACUUAGAAGUUGAUAUGUAUUUAAAACUAAACGAGCAAAUUCAUGUUAAACUGAAUCCUCCAGCCUUUUUAGCUAUUUUAAGACUCCAACAGGAAAUUAAAUACGUGUUUAAAUGGCAGAAUAGAAUAAUAAUAAAAAAGAUAUAAAAUAAAAAUAAUGAUGAUAAUGAUAAUACUACUGCUACUACUACUUAUAAUUAUAAUAAAGAUAAUAUAUGCUGUAUGGGAUAUUUCAACUAGAGUUAAGUCGCUAAAUAUACAUGUUUGAUUUUUCUCACUUCUUUUUUUUUGUUGUUGUUGUUUUGUUUACUGCUUCCCGUUUAUUUUAUUAAAAAAAAAAAACCGACCAGAUCACUGUUUACUUCUGUUCCAUCGGAAUCGAUUAUUGAAUAAUAUAUGAGACAUUACUUAACCGGUAAAAACAUAACAAAAAAGUUGAAAAAAAAAAAAACCGAUAAAACAGAUUUAUUUAUUAUUUACACGAAAUUUUGCGCUUUAAAAAAAAACGAAUUACUUCGAUGACACACAAGCGAAAUGUGUUGUUCUUUGACGAAUAACAACGAAACGCAGUGAGUGCGUGUUUUUUAAUGUCGCUACAAUAACAAUUCUGAUAAUAUUAAACCACAAGGACACGCUGCGGAUUGUAAAAAAUUGAACAACUUAAAAAUGUUGAAUCAUUCUUCCAUCUUAUGCUUGAACCCUCCGGGAAGAAAAAUACUCAACUUGGCGGAGGAUGACUGAUUGAUUCAAAUACAAAAACGAAGACAGUCAACGUCGUGAUCAUCAUCAGCAUUGAUCAUGGCGCUGUGGAAGCGCGUCCUCAGCGUGUUACAAGUUCGCUUCAAGGUCACACAACGGCAUUUGCAAAUUAGAUAUAUAAGGAGACAAACGUGAAUUGAUCUUUCCUGGGAACUUCCUUCUCAUUCUUAACACUUGAUAUUUGGAAAAAAAAAAAAAAAAAAGAAACUCAGGUGGACACAGUUGACGGAGAGAGAAGCCAAUCAGAUCGCUCCUCCUCCUUUGGCCAAUGACAGACGCCACAUUGUUGUCAAAUUUGUCUAAUGAAAAGUGUGCAGCGACAAUAGAGGAGGAGAGAGAGAGCUCUGUAUCCACUGACGAUCUCUGGAGGAAGUUAGUGUGUCCGCAGCUCCGUCUCCUCCUGGACCCCCAAAAGAAAUGUUGGCCGGACUCGAAGUGUUACUGUCAGCUUGAGAGCGCGCGCAACUUUCCACUCACCUGUCGCUGCGGAUGAGGUCCGGCUGAAAGUCCAGAGCCAGAGCCAGAGCCAGAACCAGAACCUGAGCCAGCCACAUGGAUCUGAGACCGGAGCUCCCGACAGUUUCCUCCGCCUCUCAAGCGGCUUCCAUCCCGGUCUCCAUGGCCGGCAACCUGUUGCGUGGACCUCCGCUGCUCCUGCGAGCCGCGGACAAAUACCCACGCACGCCCAAGUGCGCGCGCUGCCGGAACCACGGGGUGGUCUCGGCGCUGAAGGGCCACAAGCGGUACUGCCGCUGGAAGGACUGCAUGUGCGCCAAGUGCACGCUGAUCGCGGAGCGGCAGCGCGUCAUGGCCGCGCAGGUGGCGCUGCGGCGGCAGCAGGCGCAGGAGGAGAACGAGGCCCGCGAGCUGCAGUUGCUCUACGGCACUGCGGAAGGACUCGCCCUGGCGGCCGCCAACGGCAUCAUCCCGCCGCGGCCCAAUUACGACGUGUUCAGCCCGGUCAGCAGUGAGAACAACUCCGACUCAAGUAUCCAGAAGUACGACUUGUUCCCGAAGAACCAGCUGUCCACUUCUCCGACCCCUCCACAGGCCAAAGCGGCCCCCAGUGAAGGAGACUCGGUUCCCGGCAUCUCCUCUCCAGACGGCCGACACGGCGGCUCAGGUUCGGAGAAUGGUGACAGCGAGUCUUUCAUCCACUCACCGGUGCCAAAACCGCUGAAAGAUGGCGAGGAGACUCCCGGGUCCGUCAGCUCGCUCGGCACCGACUCCGGAUCUGAGACCGACAAAGAGGAGCCGGAGCCGUCUCCGUCCUCCGCGGCCUCCAAGAACAUGAACGCCAUCGACAUCCUGACCCGAGUGUUCCCGAGCCACAAGCGCAGCGUGCUGGAGCUGGUCCUACAAGGCUGCGGCAAAGAUGUCGUCCAGGCCAUCGAGCAGAUCCUCAACAACAACAGCGGCGCUCAGAGCUCCAACAAGGCCGGUCCAGACGAGCCGUGGACGGCAGAGAGGAUGCUCCAGAACGCGCAGCAGCCGCCGCCAUCCCCGGCAUCCACCAGCGGCCCGGCCAGGCCUCUGAUCCCGGGCUCCAUGACUCUCAGUAACCGCUCGGCCUUCUCUCCGCUGCAGCCCAACGCUCCGCACUUCAGCGGCGACCCGAGCACCUACUCCCUCGGUACCCACCUGGGCCUCAACCCGCUGCGACUGGCUUACUCCGCGCACAGCCGGGGCCUGGCCUUCAUGGCCCCCUACUCCACCACAGGUCUGAUGCCCACUCUGGGCUUCAGGCCUCCGAUGGACUACGCCUUCAGCGACCUGAUCCGUGACCGGACAAUGUUGCACAAGGAGCAGGGCUACAGCGGCGGCCUGUACGGGCCGCUGGUCAACAACACGCCGGACAAGCAGUGAUCUCUCUCUCUCUCUCACACACCGACACACACACAUUCCACAAAGUGUUUUGGCGACAGUCUGUGUUGUGCACAUAAUUAUAUGGCUUGUAGUCAAUAAAUCUGAAAAUGUGUCAUUUGA